AUGCCUCUCCACAGGCGCUUUACGGCCAAAAAGGCCCUCUUCACCCUCCUAGUCUGGCUUUUCAUCGCCCUCGUCCUACAUCUCAAAGCGGAGCUCUGGGACCCUGCUCCUGACCCGACUCCCGCAUCGACUGACAAUAUUCAAACGCGGCCUGCACCACUCGUCAACGAAAUCGAAAGCCCCGAGCGUAGAACAGCCGUCGUCGUCGCAAGCCAGCGAUCUGAGAACGCGACAUGGCUUGACGAAUACUUUCCGCAAUGGGAAAAGAACAUAUAUGCGGUGGACGAUCCCACGGCAAAAUUGACGGUGCCAGUGAACAAAGGACGGGAGAGCAUGGUGUACUUGACGUUCAUCAUCGACAACUAUGACGAUCUACCCGAUAAUGUUUUAUUCAUCCACCCGAAUCGCUACCAAUGGCACAACGACGAUCCCGACUACGAUGGCCUCCCCAUGCUGCGCCGAUUCCAGAUCCCCUACCUAGAGAAGGAAGGCUAUGUAAACGUGCGAUGCGCGUGGGCACUCGGGUGUCCGAAUGAAAUCAAGCCUCUGCAGGAAGAGGGGGAGCAUCGUGCAGCUGUUCACGCCGGUGGAGACUACAAGCAGGCUUUUGAGGUGUUGUUCCCUGGACAAGAGGUACCCAAAGCGGUGGGUGUGAGCUGUUGCGCUCAAUUCGCAGCCACAAGAGAGAAGAUAUUGGAGAGACCGAAAAGCGACUAUGUGGCAUAUCGUGAAUGGCUCAUGGGCACGAGUUUGGAAGAUAGCAUCAGCGGGCGCAUUUUGGAAUACAGUUGGCACAUGAUAUUUGGUAAGGACGCUGUCCACUGUCCUUCUGCGGAUGAAUGCUACUGCAAAGUGUUUGGUAUCUGCAACAUCAAAUGCUCGGAACAGGGUAGCUGCCCCGGCCGCUACAUUCUCCCGCCGUAUUCUUCAUUACCGAUCGGUUGGCCCUAUGUUGGAUGGGACAGGGAGGAGCGAGAACGCGCAGGGCCUGAGCAGUGA